AUGCCCCUUGUCCAGAUGCUAUACGUGCCCACCAUCAGCGACAAGCCCCAGUGCAACCCCGAGUGGUACACGCCAACCAACUAUACAGAGACGAAAAUGCAGGGUCCUGUCUCCUUUGUGGAGUCGGCUGCUCUGAUUCCGUUUGGCACCGACGAAUGCAACGAGGCAUUUUUCGAGUCCAUCACCUCUACGUCGGCAAAUACGAUUUUGGUGGCUGCCUCGGACCCCAACAGCCCCGCAUCCUCCGUUUCCAACAUCACCCAGCUGCUGCCACCGGGCCUGGGCAUCAGCAUUUACGGAGUCGAGUACUCCACGGCCCAAAUGAUGAGCCAGUGGGUGGAGCACGUUGCCGAGGUGCCGCAGUCGACCUACUACCACAACGGUGAUCGGGGCGAGCCGACAGUGACCCGUGUAGGUCUACGAUUUAUGGCCAUGCAGUCGGGCUCCAAUAUGCCCAAGCUGUGGGUGUGGGUCCUGGCGAUCGUCGGUUCUAUUCUGGUGGCCAUUCUGACGCUGUCAUGCAUUCUCAACUUUGUGCAGUACAAGCGGCGACGAAACCUGCGAACUAGACUGCGAAACGGCGAGGUUGAUCUCGAACAGCUUGGCUUCAUUGGCGUUUCUGCUCCAACAGACGUCAUUGCUCGUCUGCCUGAAAAGGUGUACCACUCCGGCGACUCGCAUUAUGAAAGCGUGGCCCGAAAAGAGAGUGUAUGGACGGACAAGGAUCUGGCGAGCAAAAAGCGAAAGACCAAGUGGCUGAAAAUGGCUCACAAAAAGACGGACGAAUCGAAACCGGAACAUAGUCUGGAGGGCUACUCUCAGUCAUCGUGUCCCAUCUGUUUGGACGACUACGAGGAGAACGAAACAGUGGUUUUGGAGUUGCCAUGCCGGCACAUUUUCCACCCCGAUUGCAUCCGGCCAUUUUUGGAGACCAGGUCUUGUCUCUGUCCCUUGUGCAAGCAGUCUAUUCUUCCCAAGGGUUAUCUCCCUCCGGGUGUCAAGAUCACCAAUUUGACUGUCCGGCGGGAGCGCAUGAUUCGUCUAGGGCGAGACGCCGAAGGAGGACGCAUGGAUUUCACAUUGAACGGUUUUAUGGGAGCUUAUCGAAGACGUCAGGAGCGCAACAACCCCAAUCUACGAGGCAACGGAGACAAUGGACAUGUUGGAAAUGACGUGGAGUUGGAGGAUCGAUCUACGACACGUUCUAGCGAGGGUGUUGAGCCCCAGGAAUCUGUUCAGGAGGCUGAGACACAGCCACAGACCAUAGUCGUGAUGGAGGCACCCACGGAGGGAGAAGGUUCUGCGAGCGGGUCAGUGAUUGUCGAGGCGACCGACGAACCAGGACUAGCGCCAAAGAAAAAGACAGUGGAGGGCGUGCGAGAGGUAGAGGCGGAGGCUGAAGCCGAGACGGAGGCUCAGCAACAGAACAGAGAGGCGUCUGCCCUGGCGCACGAAAUUGUACAGCGGAACGUGCAGGCCAUUGACGAGCAGAUUGAGCAGGAUGCGCGGGAUGAGCGUCAAGUGGGAGGCUGGCGACGACUGUUUCCUUUCUUUUGA